AUGGUGGCACUGGACGAGUUGGAGGCGGCGAUGAAGCGGCACGCCUCAAAGCGACCAGCGCUACAGCUCAGCGGAACACGUACUGCAAGUGUUGCAGCCAUUUUCGCACCUAAUGGCGAGGCAAAUGAUUCGCUCGAAGUUCUCUUCAUUCGACGCGCGAUCAAUCCUCGAGAUCGAUGGAGUGGCCACAUUGCAUUCCCAGGAGGCCGUGUCGAGGCAGGCGAGUCGCCGUUGGAUGCGGCACGUCGGGAAACCAUGGAGGAAAUUGGUGUGAACUUGAACCAAGCUGCGGUAUUGGGGCAGCUGGACGACCGCCUCGCCACACGCAAUGGCCUUGUCGUGAGUACAUUUGUGUUUUUCCUGCUGGCCAAGCCAACGACGAUGGCUCUUCAACCUAACGAAGUCAGCGAUGUACUCUGGGUGCCAUACUCGAUCCUCGUUUCCACACCUCGUCGUGAACUGCGCUACUCCGUUGGGACUUAUCUCGGGCGAUUCGUCCCGCGCAUUUUUCGCGCGACGCUGGCGACUAUUCCCCUCGGGACAAUCACAUUUCCAUGCCUCUACCUCCCGAGUCCUUCCGCCGAAUUUCCAAUGUCCCACGACCGUGAAGCGCACGAAUAUGUGCUGUGGGGCGUCACGUACAGCAUGUUCUUGGACCUUCAAACCAUCAUGAGCGGCGAUCGCGAUGCUGUCGGGUCCGCCAAGCCUUCACUUGCCGGAUUGUACCACAGAAUCAUACUUAUCUUGGUCAGUCUCAUCGCUGUGGCUCUACACAGUCGGGCCAUGUCUGCAUAA